CAUUUGGCAAAAAGCUCCGCUCCGCUGUGUUGUCAUCGUUAUGUGCUGUGUGUACGCGUUGUUGUUGUUGUUGUCAAAAAGCUUUUUCAACUAAUAACUGCUGCGCUUAAUUUUCCAAUUGGUGAAUCGAGUUGACAUAGUUAAACCUGCAAACAGUUCCAAUCAGAAACCGACAACAGUGACUGCUGCACUGCAUCCGCCAUGACAAGCAACUGCUAAAUCUCUCCAUUCGACGGUUAAUCAAAGUUCGUGUGGUUCGAACAGCUGAAAUGUCAACGGAAAGUAAUACGCCCGUGGAUCCGCGUGUCCAGAUCGAGCUGGAGAAACUGAACACGGCCACCGACAAUAUCAACAAAUAUGAAGUGGAGCUCGAUGAGGCCAAGUGCGAGUUCAAGCGUCUGCUGGCGGAGAGCGUGGUGCGCAUCAAGGCCGCCGCCCACAAGCUGGGCAACUCAAUUGACGCCGCCAAGCCCUACUACGAGUCGCGCAUCUAUGCCGCCCAGCUGACCAAGGAAACGCAGCUGGCGGCGGCCAAUCACGAGAAGGCCAAGUCCAUACACGCCGCCGCCAAGGAAAUGGUUUAUCUGGCCGAACAGGGCCUCGGCGAGAAGUCCACCUUGGACACCGCCUGCCAGGAGAUGCUCAGCCAUGCGGCCAGCAAAGUCAACCAAUCCCAACUGGAAGUCACCGACACUCGCAACGCCCUCAAGAUGUGCCAGCUGAAGCUCGAGGUGGCCAACAAUCGCGUGGGCAAGCUCCAGGGACAGCUGAAGCAGGCGCUGCGCGCCUCCAGAUUGCAGCUCAGGCGCAAUUUACUUUUGUUGAGAUACUUUAGCAUUUUGCACGCUUUGUAUUGUACCCUGUGCUCGCCCUACUACGAGACGCGCGCCAACUACAACGGACUGCUGAAAGCGCAGAAGCUGCGCGUCAACGAGCUGGAGACGCGGGUCAGUGCGGCCAAAUUGACCUACAAUGAGGCGCUGAAGAAUCUGGAGCAGAUCUCCGAGGAUAUACACAGGCAGCGGCAGCAGCGCAACAAUCUGCUCAACUACGAGGCAAUGCUCCGGCAGGUGGACGCCGUCGAUGCGCUCACAGCGGGCGUUAAGCAGCAGCUGCAGCCGGAGUCGGAGCGGGAGCAGGAGCAGGAGCAGGAUCAGCUGGAGGAUGAGUAUCUGCGCAUGCCGGACCGAUUGGGCAGCGGCGCCAGCUCGCCGCGCCAACGUCAGGCUGAUCCGCAUGAAUGCCCGCAUCUGCUGCACGACUUCGAGGCGGUGCUGACCUUUCCACAGAAGCUGGCCGGUGGCAUGCACAAAUCGGCCAGCACCAGUGCCACGGAUGGCGACAACAAUAUGUUCGCACAGGCGCAGGGGCUGCACGGUCCCUACGAGGUGAAGCCGCGCUCCGAGUCCGGCAGCAGCUCACUGGCAUCGGCGUCGGCUUCGGCGUCCGCCUCGACGUCGGCGCCGCCAGCGGACAACGACAUCGAUCAGUGGACGGAGAUACGGUUGUCGCACUCGGACAGCACCAGUUCGAGCUACUCGAAUCAGUCGCUGCUGGAGCAGCACGGCCUGGAUGGCGCCGGCAACGUUGGCGGUCAUGGCUUGGGCUACGGCCUGGGCAGCCUGGAGCCGGAUGCGCAAUCGCAGCACUCGACCUCAUCGUCGGAUGAGCCCAAGCGCAAGGUGACCUGCACAACCAUAUUUCAGGACGACAGCAGCGCCAUCGGCAUCGGCCAGCAGAUGAGCCGCAAGCAGAGCCUCAGUCAGUGGCUGUCGCGCUCGAACAGCUUCAAGACGAGCGGCCGCCGGCAGAGCCUCGAUCUGCUGAUCGAUGCCGGCGACAAGGUGAAGGAUGUGUUCAGCUAUGGCUUUCAGAAGGUCGGACGGACUCUGGAGCGGCGCAACAGCGAAUCCGAAAUGGCCAGCGAUGGCGGCGAGGCGGAUGCCUUGCUAGCCACAACAACAACAACGACGACGACGGCGGCGGCGGCAGCAGCAGCAGCAGCUGUGAGUGCAUCCGCGUGCAGCAACAACAGCAGCAGCAGCAGCGCCGGCGAUUUCUUUCUAUUUAGCAGAUCCUCAGAACCCAAAGAAUUACUAUCCGACGAGCAGGUUGAGAAUUUACUGUUGAACCACAUGGUUGAUGAGCACGGGGUCAUCAUAGUGGAGGAGUUGAAGUCGCCAACUACCGCAACAAGAACAACAACUAGCAUGUAUCACCCACAGCAACAACAGCAACAACAACCGCAACAACCGCAACUGCAACAACAACAACAACAACAGCAACAGCAUCAUACGUUAAGCGUAGCGGGCGCUGCGCGUGCUGCUUUAUUGUUUUAAAAUCCCGCAUCUUAACUGUACUUAAAUCUGGACCUGCUGCGCAAAUAACCAUGAGACCAUUUCAAGCAAUGAGUAAGAGGCGUACAUAUCACACGACAUCAUAGACCCCAUUGAGCUGAUGCAUUGAGAGGAGGAGGUAGGUGGAUCUGAAAAAGCCCCGCCCAAUCUUUGAAAUGUUUUGUUUCUACGCAUAGUUUUUGGCUAUGUUUUAAUCCUAAUAUGUGCAAUAAUGUUGUUUAGCGUACAAAAUCAAAAAACCAAAAAACAAAAAAAUACAAAGUUACAUUUUAUGCUGUUCAGUAAAGCAAUUAACUAACGCUAGUCCUAGGCGAAAUGCAUACAAAUCAGUGAGAGGAGGAAUAUAUUAUUAGCAAAAACCAUUUAAAAGAGAUAAACCAUCAAAUACAAAAUAAUUAUAGAAAUUAUACAAAGUACGUUAUAAAUAUACAUACAUAUUGAUAUUGACAUACACUGUCGCCAAAUAA